AUGGAUUCAAGCGAUUUUAGGAGAGCCUGUUACAAGACCUCUUUUAUUCUUCCUAGAUCGAGUUGCAAGAAAAUAGAAAACUCCCAACAGUUAUCUAAUUUUGUAACAAAUACGUCUUUUCCAUCGAUCUCCACUAACAGUAAAUACUGCCCUCUGUUUGAUGAGAGCAAAUUUAUCAACUGUAAUGUUCUUUCAAAAGAAGCUAAUCGGGACAGGCCGAGAGAGGACACAUUCAGAUCUAGAAAUAGAUUUAUUAUUGCAAGAAAUGUUUUAGGUCGUAUGAUAAAGGAGAAACAAAAGGAUGUGAACUCUAUAUCAAAAAUAGUGUCUAUCGUGUGGAAAAAUUGCGGACGGAAUCUUCACGAUUACUUUGAAUAUCUUUCUCUACUUGAGGGUUACUGGAACGAUUGCUUGAGAGGAGGUACUAAAAGGUUUGGCUUAGCACCAAAGAAAGAUGCUUCCAACAAGCUAUCUUAUUCGAAAGUUUGCACUUCUUCAUAUUUGAAAACUUCAUCAAAGCGGAAACCUAUCCAAGAAAAUUCUACAAAGACAUCAAUAAAUUCUAGGUUCCGAAUUGCAAUUGAUCUGAAGGUCGUUAAAAAGAAAGCUAAAAGAAAGUCUAAAACACCCCCUCUUACCGAUAAUUUCAGAAUAGAGAGCUGUUCUGUAACUACCUGGUUUGGAAUCUUGACAGAAGAUAUGUUCUUAAACGACUUCUAA